AUGUCUCUUCUCCCAUCUAUCCAUCCAUCUAUCCAUUCAUCCAUCCAUCCAUCUAUCUCAUCCCCAGUCCCCCAUCCAUCUAUCCAUCCAUCUAUCUCAUCCUCUUUCAUCCAUCCAUCUGUCCAUCCAUCCAUCCAUCCAUCCAUCUCAGUCUUUCAUCCAUCCAUCCAUCUAUAUCUAUCUUUUCAUCCAUCUAUCCAUCCAUCCAUCUAUCUCAUCUAUCCAUCCAUCCAUCUAUCCAUCUCUUCAUCCAUCCAUCUAUCCAUCUCAGUCCCUCUCAUCCAUCCAUCAUCUAUCCAUCUAUCUAUCCAUUCAUCUAUCUAUCCAUCUACAUCCAUCCCAGUCUCUUUCAUCAUCCAUCCAUCUAUCUAUCUCAUCCUAUCCAUCCAUCUAUCUAUCCAGUCUCUCUUUCAUCCUAUCCAUCUCAUCUUUCAUCUAUCUAUCUCAUCCAUCCAUCAUUCAUCCAUCUAUCUAUCUAUCUAUCUAUCUCAUCCUUCAUCUAUCCAUUCAUCUAUCAUUCAUCUAUCUAUCUAUCUAUCUAUCAUAUCUAUCUAUCUCAGUCUUUCAUCUAUCAUCAUCUAUCAUCUAUCUAUCAUAUCUAUCUAUCUCAGUCUCUCUUUCAAUCUAUUUCUGUCAAUCUAUCUAUCUAUCUCAGUCUGGGGCACACAGUGA